AUGUCUUCCACAUGUAGCGCCGUUCCGUGGACACAACCACGCGGCACUGAGCACCAAGAGAAGGCCGAGGAGGUAGAGGACAGGUUGGCAUCACCAGCAAGCCUCUGGUAGCGGGUACAAUUGCAGAUUGUUUUACCUUUGUGAGCAUGUGCACUUUGAAAUAUUAACCCUUUUGGGUCUACAGGCGUCCUGACAGAUCAUUGAUUGAUCAUUUGUAAAUGCUGGUGUUGUGGCAUGCCAUGGAGUUGCCGCCCUGUAUCCCUCCACGCCAGGUGUUGGCAAGUCAAGAUUUAGGUGUGUCUUUAUUAUUCGCAUCGACCGCGCUACCCGGUGGCCAGUGGAAAGACGUUAGUGUCAGCGGGAAAUAUC